GCCAAACCGUAACCUUUUACAUAACUGCUCAAAUAUCGGACAAGAUAUAACGAAAUUAAGAGUGGACGGAGAACAUUGUUGCCAGAAAAUAACCGCAGAAGAAACGGAUUGUGAAACUAUGCAAUUGAUUGGAGGAGAGAAGGGAGAACUUAAACACGGAGAUACCAGGAAUUUAACACUUAUGUAUCCUAAUUUAUACUUGCAUGAUAGGAAAGGCUCGUGCCAGGUUGUAAUUUCUUCCGAAAGAGAUAAGAUAGAGUAUACUAUUAAUUUUGACACGUUGCUAUACCAUUACCUCGCCAACGAAGAAUUAAAAGAAUGUUCGAGCGUUGACGAAAAUCCGUUAAACGACUGUUUGCCAGCUAUUUGUUUGAUAAAGUAUAGUGGAAAACGUAAUUUUUUUAACCGCACAACUCGUCGGUGCCAAAAAGUCGCAGAAUGCUUUCCAGACGAAGAAGGAGAUUUGCCAGACAUUGUUUACAUUCCAGAGAGUAAUACCUGUCGCAAAUUAACCAGAGAAUUAACAGAAAACGAUUUUAUGUGGUCUAAGGAGGGUAAAAAGGGAACGUCUCUAAGUAAGACGAGCGACUAUCCCACAUAUGUAAACUGUCAAAACGGAAAAGCCGAUCCUUUCAGUGAAUUGUGCAAGUGUAAUCCUGGAUGGACAAGUGCCCCUUGCGAUAUAACUUCGUUCAAUCCCUGA